AAAAAAAUUCCAAUGUUAACAUUUUGCAAUGGACAAACCAAACCGAAACCAUGGGCAUUGAAAAUGGAGAGGUCACUACUCAAUAGCCCAGCUGCCCAGGAGUCAGAUAGACACUCAACAGGAAGAAGAAGAAGAAGAAGAAUUAUUUUGCGCGGUGGGUAAGAGAACCGGAGAAUCAUCAAUCUAAUCAACAGGAAACCGGGGAGCGAGAGUCGAUCGGAGCUUGGCUAUGGUGUUCGCGAGAGAAGAACCAAACAGGUAUUUGCGGCUGGAUAGAUAAUUGGCUAUGGCUAUGGCUAUGGCUAUGGCGGCGUCUACUACUAAUGUUGUCCGUAAUCCGAAAACUCUGUUCCUCAUCUGGUCACUCUGCAUCAUCUUCUUCUUCUCUCUUCUCCAAAUGGCUAUCAAGAAUUCUGCUACUUCUUCCACUUCUUCAGAUUCUCAUAUUGCAUAUAACGAGCAAAGGUCAAGGCUGUAUGAUAAAAUGGCAAGGGAUCUGGAUGAGAAAGGAGCAGCCUUUCUUAAACAUGGAGAAACGUCUCAGUCAUUGUCCCUCUCGGAUAUUUUUACCCUGAAAGAAGAUGGAUCAGUUACACCUGUACUUAAGGCAGCCGACCCUCCAGUUAGAGCUAAUGUGUUGUAUCUAAGUCCAGAGUAUUCAUUGCCCAUCUCGGAUGCUGUAAAACAUGUCUUUGCUCCAUAUUUUAAUAAAGCGAUUUGGUUUCAGAACUCUACGGUGUACCAUUUUAGCAUGGUUCAUGCUUCUCAUCACAUUACACCAGUUCCUGCCACUGAAUCCCAGAUUGAAGCUGAAGCAGCUGCUGUUAAAACUGCUGUCAGGAGCUUUUGCCCUUUGAAAAUUGUCUUGGAUAGAGUGGUUUUGACUUCCACUGGUGUGCUUCUCGGAUGCUGGCAGGUAAGUGAUGGAACAGAUCCUGUAACUAUCCGUGCUAAAUUGAGGAGCGUGCUUCCGCAUGCCCCGGAACAGCAACUUAGUUGUAUGCUGCACUGCAGUAUGACACUGCUAUUCUUCAUACGUCAUUUGCAAGACUCCUUGGCAACCCUACUAUUCCAAACGAGCUUGCAGCGCUUCUUUGACAAGACGCCCUUUUUCCAGAACAUAGAGAAGAUUCCAGAUGAUGCAAUGCAGCUUUUCCACGAGCUAGUUGCGAAACUGAACAACAAACUCCACGGGUCCCAGGCAGUGGUGUCGGAGCUGUGGUAUGUGGAAGAAUAUGAUGUAUUGGCUCUUGCACUGGAUGGAAGGAUGAAGGUAAGGAGGUUCCAGCUUGGCUGCAAGUCAACCGGAAAGUAGCAUAACUUCAGAUGGCUUUGUUUCAUCGAUGGAUCAUUGGUAUUUGAAUGUAAAGAGCCAAAUUUUCGAGGUUUCUGUUGAUGAGUUUAGUAGAACUGCGAAGUAACCAGGCGGUAAAGGAAUGGUCAUGUACUCAUGUAUCUGUGGUAGGCUUGGGCAAGGAGGUUUAAGAACGUAGCAUGCACUCCACGUGCUAGCCACAAAGGCAAUAUCGAACCAAUUCCCGGAAAAAGGAAGUGUCCGAUAAUCCAUUAUUUGAUACGUUCUCCCACAACCUUAGGCUCCACUGGAUUUUCGUGAUAGUGGACUGAUGGGUAGUUGGAUUUUGUACUUGGUCCAUGCCAUGACGUAAUAUUUGGUUAAAUGCCUUGCUAUGCUAGUUGUUGUACAAACGUUGGUUUUGACUCGGUACAGAAUGAGG